UACAGAUGGUUUUACUCUGCAUUGCAGCCGCAGCAAGGACAAGACUGGGCAGAGGACGAUCACAAUCCAUAUCAAAAAAUGAAGACGAUUCUUUCUUCGGAGACGAUGGACAUCCCUGACGGCGUUAAGAUCAAGAUUAACGCCAAGAUUAUCGAAGUGGAGGGGCCCAGAGGCAAGCUCAGCCGCAAUUUCAAGCACCUCAACCUCGACUUCCAUCUGAUGACCGACGAGGAGACGGGCAAUCGCAAGCUCAAGAUCGACGCUUGGUUUGGUACCCGCAAGACCAGCGCCGCCAUCCGAACCGCCCUUAGCCACGUGGGGAAUCUUAUCACCGGUGUCACUAAAGGUUACCGUUAUAAGAUGAGAUUUGUCUACGCUCACUUUCCCAUUAACGCUUCCAUCACGAAUGGAAACAAGUCCAUCGAGAUCCGUAACUUUCUUGGAGAGAAGAAGGUUCGAAAAGUGGAUAUGCUUGAAGGUGUGAACAUUGUCCGAUCCGAAAAGGUAAAGGAUGAGAUCGUAUUGGAUGGGAACGACAUUGAGCUGGUGUCUCGGUCUUGUGCUUUGAUUAAUCAGAAAUGCCAUGUCAAGAACAAGGAUAUCAGGAAGUUCCUUGACGGUAUUUAUGUCAGUGAAAAGGGCAGCAUCGUUACAGAAGAAUGAUUAAUUUUUAGUUUUAUGUCAUAGUAAUCUUAUGGAGUUUUUUGUUCUUGAUUCUACCCCGUUAUUUUGUGUUUGUGGAGUUGUUUGUAUUAGAGAAUUUUGGAUUUCUGCUUUACUAGUCUUUAAUGGUUUUGUUCCAAUAUGUUAUGGAUAUCAUAACUUUGCCAUAUUAUCCCUAUUGAAAUCUUCUUUUAAGAAGUUGAGUAUGA